AUGUCUGUGGAUGAGAGUCGCAGCUCGACCCCAUUGGUUUCCACUAGCGCAUCAUCUUCACCAGCGGCGUCAUCCUCACUACCCGACAGUCAAGGAACAUGCUUUAAUGGAUAUCAAAGCGGUAUUGGCGAAAAUGCUAGGGUGGAAAGUCCAUCGCAUGUUGUCAGUUUACCGAACAACAUUUAUAUGCAUCGAAUACAGUCCGCAUCACCUGCAGACGAUCACCAGUUCAUUAGAAGACCUCUGAAUGCUUAUAUGAUAUUCACAAAACAAGAACGAAAGAAAUUGCUGGCUUUGAAUCCAAAUAUGAAAAUGCAUGAAGCAAGCAGAAUUAUGGGUGAGAAGUGGAAAAAUAUGAGUGAAAAGGAAAAACGACAAUAUUUUGAGGCAUCCAAACAGAAUCGGUUAGAUCACAAAAAAGCUUUAAAAGAUAACCCGAAUUUGGUUUAUCACCCACAGCGGAAGAAAUUAUCCAAGAUCCUGAUGAAAACGGAUCCACCAAAUAUGACUGUUGAUACUGCACCGAGUACACCACUCAGUAAUGAAAGUGCAGCACCAGUGACGUUUGCUACUCCAUCAACACCUAAAAUCAAUGGAUGCGUAAACGGUAAUGUGGUAUAUGCUCAAGUUCCAGCACAGUCGCUCACCUCAGCUGCUCCAGGAACGGUUAUACUAGCGCAAGCAGUUAAUGUACGGACACCGCAGCAUCUGUCUCAACGAAAUCAGCAAGCAUCACAAUCAGUGCAGCAAAAUAAUUCACAAUCAAAUUUAUCGGCUACUAUGCAUCAAAUGUUAGAAUUAUAUUAUACAUCCCUUUGUGAACCUGCUUUUCCUGAACCAGGCGAGAAGAGCACUCUGGCAUCACCACAGCAUUACCUAGAUCAGUAUCACAUGUUGCACCAUCAAGCUGUAACUAAACAGCAACAGCAUGGCAGCCAGUCGUUACCACAUUUUCCAUUCAUGAAAGAACUUGCAUCAUUGGAAGCAUAUCUGUUAGAAUAA